AGCUGACGCAGUUCGCGCCAGAAAUUGUUUGUUUAUUCGACUUGAAUUUGGGAGUACAAUGACCACGCUAAUCGAACAGUUGAUCAACAAAAUGGGACUGCAGGAGGAGUCCAACGCGUUGGAGAAAACCACAGAGUUGGUGCGCCUGUUGGAGCUGCGCUCCACAAAUGUACCCCUGCAGAUUAACGAGUACGGCAAAAUAGUCCUAUGUGCGGACAUCGCCUCCUGCCUACUGGGCAUCGGGUUCGAUAAAGAGCAAGCCCUCAAGUUGUCUGGACUCCGCAAGAGCCACUACCAAAACAACAAGCGGAUGUUUGAGAAACUCCUUGACCUGAACAAACUGGCCAGCGUAAACGACAUCUGCGUGCAGCUGGGCCUCAACGAGGUGGCCCGCAAGGCGGAGGAGCUUAUGACCCUAUUUCGCGGCGUUGCUGCCACGGAGGACACCGACACCAACCAUCCGCAGUACGCGACCAUGGCAGUCUUCCAGGCUUGUCGCCUGCUUAAGAAGAAGGUUUCUAAGACGAAGCUCAUGCCAUUCAGCAAUCUGCGCCCCACUCAGUUCCAGCAGCUGGAGCAGCAAUGGGAUCGCAUGAUAGCAAAGCACUACAAGGAGGUAAAGCUGGGACCCAGCUUCGAUCUGGAGGGAAAACUUAAGGAAAGUCAGCAGGAGAACAUCAAGGGCCAGGAGGCCAAUAAGGCACAGAAGCCUCAGGCAGAGGACUACGAGAAGUGGAAGGCACGAAUGCUGUCCGCGGCCCAGGCCAAACUGAAGGAAAUGGAAUCAACCCAUCCUGAAGUCUAGGAGGCUUUUACCAUUUUAAUUUUUAUAUCUUUUUACCAUGUCCAAGUGAAAACCAGUUUAUUCUGUUAGUAAAACUAUUUAUUACGCACAACAUUCUCUUUAGUUAUACAAAUGUAUAUAAAAAGUAAAAAAGUUUGCUGCUAUCAUACUUAUACAUAA